UAUAUUUUUUUUAUCCUGUUCCCGUACUUAAAAUUUAUGCAUAAGACACUCAAUUAUUCUUAUUUACACCAGAGUCCCUUUCCUUCCUUUCUCUCCUUACCGCUCCGCUCCCUUUUUGCCCUCGACGUGCCAAAUAAACUGAGGCGUUUUUAGGGUUUGAAACCUAGGAUUUGAAGCGCUUGAUGUAGAGAGCGUUCAUAGAUGAAGUUGGUGAAGCCAAAAGAGCUGUUUCAAAAGGUGUACAAGUCCGGUUCGGCGGAGCAAGGUCGGUUGCUUGGAUUGGAUGUUGGAAAUAAGUAUGUUGGUUUGGCCAUUUCUGAUGCUUGCAACAAAAUUGCAUCACCUGUAAGUGUCUUGGUUAGGAAGAGGACAAAUAUUGACUACAUGGCCGGGGACUUCAAAACACUGGUUUCACAGUUUUCUCUCGUUGGCCUUGUCGUUGGUUACCCGUUCAGUUUACAGGGUCAAGCUAAUUUUGAGGCUGUUCAAGUGAAGCUUUUUAUCGAAGAUCUUCGCAAAACAGGAAAGCUAGAAGGCCUCAGCUACACAUAUUGGGAUGAAAAUUAUACUUCAAAGUGUGUGGAAGCCCUUUUAGCUCCUCUCAAUUUUAACCCAGUAUUGAGCAAAACAAUGACAGACAAAUUCGCCGCAGUUGGCAUACUACAGGGUUACCUCGACAACAUGCAUAGGGAGUCGAGGUCGGGAGACAUGUCUGAAGAAUAAAUCAUGUUGGCUAAGAAUGCUUGUCUAAAGAGCACAAGUGGGCAUAGAAGCAGCUUCCUCAUGGAUCUAAUGUAAUGGGCCACAAAAUUUUUGUUAUAGCAUCUUACACUCUAUGUAACUCAGAAUUCUAUUUUGACCAGACUUGUUAGUUUUGAAAUGUAAUUUAGAGUUCAUGUUGUAGAAAAUUUGUCGAGUAAACUGCAGUGAGGAUCAUCACCCUUUAACAUUCGCAUUUGGUUGCAAUUGUAACUCUGAUUCUCACCAUUAAAUUGCAUGGAUCAAAAUGUUUACGGUAUCGUCA